AUGAAUAAUAAAGAGGUAAUCAAUUUGUACAUUGAAGACAGAUAGGAUACUUUAGAAUGGAUGGAAGGUGAAGUCGAUAUAGAGACUCUUGAUGAAGUUGUGACAUUCAUUAUAAAUGAUAUAAAGCAAAAAUUUCAAACAGAUCUCCUUUCUUUGAGAGAUCAAGAGAAUCAAUACUAUGAAAUUGAGCAGAUAGUUGAAUUCAGAAGACCUCACACAUAUAUUACAAUACCAUAGAGACAAGAUGUGAAGACUUUAGCAAAGGUAUUAAGUGGACUAAGCUAAGAAUGAAGUGAGGUUAAAUCGUAACAUUUACAAAAUCAAAAAUGACAGUAUACUAUUGGAGAAGUAUAAAGGGGCACGUAAAGUGGAGAGUGUUGAUUACUAACUAACUGCAAUAAAAAAGGCGAAUUAAAAAUACGUAGACACUUUAAUAGGCAUUUUCGAUGAUUUAGUUAUCCAGCCAAAAAAAAGAAACUCUUUAAAGAUUGAAGAAGUGAAGCCAAUUCAAUUUAAAAAUGAACCUGAAUCACCAAAAUUUGGAUAAUCUCCUAAAGAAAGUGUCUCCCCCAGUUGGAUCUAAAGGAAAUCAUUAAGUGAUAGCAACAAGAAAAAUGAUUUAAAGUAAUUUACAAUCGACGAGGUAUGACUUUGCGAAUGAGAGUAGGUAGCCAAACAUAACACCAUUUAUUCAGCAUGGAUUGUCAUCAACUCCAAAGUGUAUGAUGUUACUAAAUACUUGAAUAAACAUCCUGGAGGUCAAGAAGAACUCAUGAAAGGUGUAGGAACUGAUGGUACUGCCUUAUUCAUGUAAAAUCAUCCAUGGGUUAAUGCACAUUAUUUAUUAGAACAGUUUUAAGUUGGAUUUCUAAUCAAUCAUAAAUGA